CAGCUGCGCGCCACAGUACCCCAACCGACCCUGCCGGCGACGGCGUUCAUAAAUUGGGAUGGGGGCAGAAACAGAUUCGUGUUCCCACCUGUAGAGAGAACUGUAGAUCCCUGUCAUCCAAUCACUCACCAUGCAAUACCUCACCGAUGUUGCUCGCUCCAAGGACCUGCUCAAGGUUGUAGGCCAUUCGGUGACCAUGGCGAUGAGCGACGGGGAGUUCCUCAAGUCGAGGAAAUGGGCCGUCGGUGGCCACGAUUGGGAGGUACACUUGCGUCCCAAGGAUCACCCGGUGGGCCACCAGCGCCCGGUGACGCUGAGGCUCGUCUUGAUCUCCGAAGCGCGCUGCGGCGACGUCGAGGCCAAGCUCAGCUGCCGCCUGGUUGAUCCGAUCGGGAGGCUGAAGCCGUCGAAGGAGAAGAGCAUGUCGCAUAAGUUCUACAAGUCCGGCGAUUACUCCGGUGCAAUCCAGGUGACGGCAAGAGAGGAUCUGGAGCAGUCUGGCUACCUGGUGGACGAUUCCUACACCGUGGAAUGCAGCAUCACGGUGCUCAAAAAGGCGCCGGCGCUGAAUACUGCGGCUGCGGCGACGGCCAUGGAUCGCGAUGCUGCGAUGCUGCCGUCCCUCGAACUGCAACGGCGCUUGGGCGAAUUUCUGCAGAAGGGGAUGGGCGCGGACGUCACGUUCCAUGUGUCCGGCGAGAAGUUCGCCGCGCACAAGGCCAUCCUUGCCUCGAGGUCGCCGGUGUUCAUGGCGGAGCUGUUCGGGGGAAUGAAGGAGGAAUCGUCCCGGCGGCACAUCGAGGUGAAGGGCAUAAAGCCCGAGGCGUUCAAGGCCGUGCUUCACUUCAUCUACACUGGCACGGCGCCGGAACUGAACAAGAAGGGCGACGGCGCGACGUCGUUGGCGCAGCAUCUGCUUGCCGGCGCGGACAGGUACGGCCUGGACAUGCUCAAACAUUUCUGCGUGGUCAGGCUCGCGGACUGCAUCACCGUCGACACGGUGGCGACCACACUGGCGCUAGCGGAGCAGCAUGGCUGCUCGCAGCUCAAGGCUAGCUGCAUCGAGUUCAUCGCGGGAUAUCUUGACGCCGUCUUGGAGACAGAGGGGUACAAGCACCUGGAAGCAAGCUGCCCCUCGGUGCUCGCUGAUAUCCUCAAGGCUACGCGGCGACCAACCAAUUGAAGCGUCGAGCGGGAUGUUUUUUCCUUUUCAUCUUUAUUUUUUAAUGACUCCAUCUUCAUGUGAACGAUCAGCUACACUAGUUGCUACAUUCUUCAUCUUUCAUCCACUUCUGAUUCUGGAAUCUUGAUGCAGUAAUUGUGGUCUUGGCAACAUGUUCAGAAUCAUGGCUUCUCUAUUUCAGAUUAUAUUUUCCA